UAAAAAGUUGCAGGUACCACAGGUUGACAUUCGCCGCGAUGAAGAAGAGCCAAUCAACAACAACGGAUCGUGCCAUGAUGGUAAACCGACGCUUCCCAUUCAAAGAUGCCAUGUCUGAGCCUCAGUACACGGGGAGAUUGCGGAGAGAGUCUUCACCACCAGCAUUCCGAUCAGAGAACCGCCAGCAGCCAGAAGAGGACGACCACCAAUUUCAGAGUUUCGUUUUGAGAUCAUGUCUUAGCAAGUGGAACACUUUCUUUCAGAAAAGUGUCCAUUUUCAGUCAGCAGUAUUCUACAGUUCACUUAAUUGUGAAUUGAUUAAGUCUUUUAUUCA